GACAAUAAAAGGAAAGCCUCCUUCCUAUACAGUCUUUCGUGGAAUGCGCCGGGCAGGUCAUCCUAGGAGAAUGAUAAGAGGCCCAUACAUACAGAGCGUCAUCUAACAUUCCAGAGCCCAUUUAAAGGCGACGGAGCGAACCUGUCCAACACUGACCUGCCCUCCAUCGUACCCAGUAAACAUCCCAUUAAAUCUGAUUAGAUUUGACCAGACUACAUAACCAUAACGCUGCAAUCAAAAUGACUCGACUUCCUCUCCCCAUUCCUCCGCCCAUCGACCCAUCCUACACUCCCACCACGAGCGUGACCACUCUCCCCGCCUCGACCCCAAUCGAAUACAUCCUCGCCGUGCUCGAGCGCGACGGGGGCGUGAUCCUGAAAGACCUCGCCACCGCCGAGGAACUAGCCGCCAUCGCCACCGAGACCAAGGCCUGGAGCACCCCGCGACGCCACCUGGACACGCCCGCCCAGGGCGACGCCUUCUACACCAUCCCACCCCAGACAACCCUGAUCCCGGGGCUGGUCGGGAAGUCGGCCACGGCGGCGCGCCUCUGCGAGCACCCGGUGCUGGAGGCCCUGCGCGAGCGCAUCCUGGUCGACGAGUUCGUGCUGCGGCGCGAGGGCUCCGUCGAGCCCAACCGCAUCGACCCGCUGCUCAGCAUGAGCGCCUCCAUGAACAUCGGCUACGGGGCCCCGCGCCAGCUGCUCCACCGUGACGACAACGUGCACGGACUUAAGCACGUUCGCCACCCACUCCGGCCCUGGUCAUUCAAGGAGGCCAGCCAGUUCGGGUGCCUGGUGGCCGGGUGCCAGGUGACGCGCGAGAACGGGGCGACGAUGUUCGUGCCGGGUAGUCAUAAGUGGGACGAUGAACGGGUGGCCAUGCCCAACGAGGUGUGUUUCGCGGAAAUGUCCCCCGGAUCGGCGCUGAUCUUCCUCGGCGCAGCGUUUCACGGCGGUGGGCAUAACUCUGUGCCCGGCUCGGUGCGCACCAUGCACAGUUUCUUCUUUAUCCGGGGUACUUACCGCACAGAGGAGAAUCAGUUCCUCGCUAUCCCCAGAAGUAGGGUGCUGCAGAUGAGUCCGAAGAUGCUGGAGCUGCUGGGCUACAAGAAGCCGACGACCUCGUUGGGCAUAGCCGAUAAUAUCAGUCCGGAUGAGGAUGUGGCGGGAAUAUGGGAACGGAUCGUGCAGUGAUCUAGUAGUAACUUAGUGCUGGCUUGAAGGAAGGGAAAGGAAGGGAUGAUGCAUUGAAGUGUGCCUUAAUUGCCACAGGCUAGAUGGCAACGUGCUGAUACUACUUUGUAGUGUUCACAUUCGCACAAUUUACUUGUGGUUAAAUAUCCUAACAGGGAG